AUGGCGAAUCAACCCGCUACCUCUACUACCGGCAAUACCACGAACAAGCGCAAACGUGGGUUGGCUGACGGAGAUGUCGGACGUGAUGCCAAGAUGCCCAAUACAAACGGCGAGCAUGAUGCUACCACCUUUGGUCUCCUCUUGCAAAGUGAUGGAAUGCUGGCGGAUGAUAACGCUCGAACUGCCCAAGCGGCCCUUGCGGCUCCAGGCAUGAACCCUUCGACUUAUCCUGAACCCAAUCCAAAUGAUGGCGGUGCAGGUCUUCCAUUCACCUUUGACGACGGCAGCCCUAACGCUCAUGGCAUGAGCACUGCUCAAGCUCUUGUCGAUGCUCGAGGUGGUACCAACAACAAUACGGCCAAGCCUGCGGUGGGAAGUGCAGAGUGGCAUCAACUGCGAAAGGACAAUCAUAAAGAAGUUGAACGCCGUCGUCGCGAGGUUAUCAACGAAGGCAUCGAGAACAUUGCCAAGAUCGUGCCGGGCACUGAGAAGAACAAGGGGGCCAUCCUCCAACGCACCUAUGAGUACAUUCAAGAACUCCUCAACGAGAAGAACAAAUGGGACAACGAGCGUGCCACCUUUGACAUCGCCAUCAAAGAACUUACCAGUCGGCUUGAUCGGAUGAAGGAGUCUGCGAGAACUGCGUGGGCUGAGACUACCAAGUGGCAGUCCCGAUGUCGCGAGGCUGGCUUGCCGUUUGAUGACUAUGAUGAUGGCGGGCUGCCCGGGAUCGACGACGAGGACCUCACCGCAACCAUCGGAUCAUGA